AUGAGCGGAGACCAAUUAGAGGAAUAUCGACGUCGUAUGCAACAAAGACACACUGGUAGCGAUAUCAAUAGAGAUGAGGAGAUUGCAAGAGCUCUGCAAGAAGAAGAAAAUGAAAGAGUUCGUAAACAAGCAUUAGCUGAUGAAGAAGUAGCCAGAAAGUUGCAAAGCCAAUACCAGGUUCCAGAACAGUCUAAUGUUUCUAGUAACCCUCCUGUUUACGGCUACCAAGCAUAUCCAGCUUAUCAAAACCCUGCUGCAAAUCAGCCUCCUGUAUAUCAAGCUCCACCUCCUCAGCCAAGGCAAAACCCAUAUUAUGCUCCUCCUCCUGGCUAUGGCAGAGAAAAUCAGCCUCUUUUGCCUCAAAAUAAUGAAUCUCGAACAUGCUUACCUAAUGUCAACGAUAAAUGCCUAGGAGUAAACACCCAAGUCUGUGUCUUAACAACAGCAGGGCUAAUGACUAUCGGAAUAAUUGUAGCACUGGUAAUUAUAGCCUCCACUUAA